UUCACCAACAUGGCGCCUGCCGCUGGACGAGAAUAAGGAGGCUGGAGGGAGGAGAAGAGGAAGAAAAAGACCGAAGGUUCGGAGAGGUGAGAAGGAGUCGGUGUCACAUUGAAACAAGUAUCAACAAGUGAAGAAACGUUCCGGUGUGAAACGAAGCUAGGGACGUUUUAUUGUUCCGGUGUCUGUGAGCCCCGGUGGAGCUGAGCGAGCAGGACUGACACAUGGUGGGUGAGCCUGCUGUUUACAUGCUCACACAUGAACUCCGGAGAGUAUCCGCAGCUUUGGGUCCCCACUUCCUCCGGAGACACAGGCAGUUCCGGAGCCUUAAGGGAGCAUGUCCUGUUCCGCGGCGCCAUUGAAGUGAUCGCUUGAAUGUGGUGGCGCCAUAGCACGGAUUGUAAAACUGAAGAAGAAGAGGACUCAUUGGCUGCUGGAGCUGGCUGACGAUGUAUCAACACAAUUAUUGUUUAGCAAAAGAUAAACCCAAAGAUCCGGAUGCCUCGCUGAUCAAGAAGGAGAAACGCGAAGAGGCAAGACUGAAUCGGCUCAAGCGACUCCAGAAAUCCAGGAUCACCCUGGGCGUGGCCUAUCCCAAAUGGAAAUCGCUACUGAGGGAUAAAUGUUUUAAGAGCCACGCUGACGUUGCCUUUUUCCUUCUGGACAGCUAUGAGAGAGACGUUGCACCACUGACUCCCAUGAGUGAGAGACCUGUUCAGGUCACAGCUCCAGCUCUGUGUGGCCUCGGGGCUUCGAGUUGGACGUACAGAGGUGAACAUCUGAAUGUCAAAGCAGAAGCCACAGGAGCUCAGAGCCUUGAACAAAGUGAUUGUGAUAGUAUCGAUUUUAAACACCCACUCAUGGAUUCACCACUCAAAGCUGAGUGGGGGACUCUUGCUGCUCCUUCCAUCCAGUCGUCUGAAAAUGGAAAGGAGGAAGAGACAGAAGAUGCAGCUUGUGAAAGACGGGACAGUCGAGAUGAGCUGACAGAAAAUGGCGAUUUGGAAGAAGAUGAGGAUGAAGAAUUCAGCACCUCUUUAAGUGUGGGAGACGGUCGUUACCUGGUGGACUUAGGGAGCCCGUCAGAGUUGAUCGUGGAUGAAGCGUGCAUCCUGCAGCUGUUCAGGUCGUGUCGGGAAUGCAGCAGACAAUGUAAAGUUACUAAAUAUGCUAAAGGACUGAAGAUCAUCGUUCUCCAGGAGUGUCGUUUCUGUCAAAGCAGCUUUGAAUGGACUAACCUGCCGGACGAGGAGGAGAAACAUGAUGAUGAUGAUGAUGAUGACGAAGACGACGACAGCAAAGACCAUAGCAAUUGGCCGAUCAAUGGUAACGAUACAGCCCACCAACAGGCAAACACAGCACCGUCGCCGAGGAGGUGUUGUGUCUGAAAUCACAGCGGCCGCUCCAGGAAUAUGUUUCUGUUGUAACUCUGGAUUCAGCUGGACUUCUGGGUAUUACACUGCAUUUCACUGGAACGUCUUCACGUUCUCUAGACCAUUGAUUAUUUAAUGAUGCUGUCACACAUUUAAAGAACCAUCUGAUGCAAACAGGAAGGAGAUGAGGUCCUUUUCAGGAUGGCUGUCUGUUAACGCCACACGCUGCCCCUCACUGGAGAAUGUGAAUCUGACAGUUAACGACAAAGACGGAUCACUGCGUUCGCGUUUCUUUCUUUUUUGGGACGUGUUGAUUUGUUUCUUCAGUCGUCAUCAAGCUGCUUGAACGAGCAAUGCCAAUUUAAUGUUAAUAGUUUAAACUCAAGAUCCCUUUACACCUGGAAUUAACUUGAAAUCUCGACUUGUUUGUUGCCAAGUUUGCCAAACUGUGCAGGAUGAAGGAAGUCAGCUGACCACUUUUAGAACCGGUAGUAAAUGCAAAGAUCUGAGGAUCUUUAUCCAGAUUAUGUAAUGAGAUAUGCGUGACACAUUGGUAUCAGGUGUAAAUAGGAUGUGUUUUAAGCUUUUAUUUUAUACUCUGUUUAUAUUCUCCAUACAUUUUCUUAGAGGAAUUCCCUUCUAUUGCUUGAGGCCCAGCUCCAGUCUAUCAGGAACACUCAGUCAGUACAUAUGUGUAAGUCUAUACAGUGAUCUUUGUCCUUGUUAAUCAAAGUUUUUUGAUACAGGUGGAUUUUAAAAUGACGAAACCUCAAUAAAAUACUCAAAUCAUAAA